AUGUUAGCCAAGAUACUAAUAAACAUAUUUGGAUUGACUAUUUUAGUAAAUAAGGUAUGGACUCAAAAUAAUGAAAAUACAAGUACAUCAACAAUACAGAAUAGAAGACACCCGGAGCCGUUUACUCUUCCAUUGUCACAGGAUUACUUUAACCUCGAGGAAAUUCAAUUGAAGAAAAAAAUUUAUGAAGACAACAAGAUUGAUGCAUUAUUUUUUCAACAUGCGAAGUCUACCGGUUUACAAGGACUGGAAAAAUUUGAUGAAGAAAAAUAUUACCUCGUAUUUCGCCAAAACAUUCUACUGAUGAAUCGCCUUUAUAACAUUUAUAACACCACCAUGUUUUCAAUUAAUGCUUAUACUCAUUAUACGUUCGACGAGUUUACGAAUUGGUUCACGGGUUUCAAUAGCACGGGAUUGAGAGAAGACGAUGUUACAUUGUUUAAUAGAAGCGUCAUACAAGAGUUGCCGCCGGUGAUAGAUUGGUCUGAUGAUAUUUUGCUGGACUAUUUUCAAGAUACUAAGUGUAAAAAUAGCUAUGUAUUGAGUGCAUUAAGUAACAUUGAAGCACAAUAUUAUGCAUCUAGUGGCAACAAGAAGCUUGGGUAUUUAUCCGUCAGACAAGCAUUUGAAUGUGAGAGGCAAGGUUCUUGUGAAUACGGUGGAGUACCACACUAUGUAUUCAAGGCCUUAAAAGAUACCGGAGGGGUCUCAUUACAGUAUAUGUAUCCAUAUUUUGAACAGGCCAAUACAAAGGGUGAUACUUGUCAGACGUCAAAAGAUAAUGUGGCUAUUUUAAUUGACGACUACAUACGUCUGAAAGUAGACAAGGAAGAAGAUUUGUUGUACCUUCUGGCGUAUUAUGGUCCUGUGGUUACCACAAUAUACGUCUCUGAGAGCAUAAGACACUACUCUAAUGGUGUAUUGGAUCCUAUUGACUGCGGUAAUAACGCAACCAAUCAUGCUGUGCUCCUAGAUGGAUAUGGAGUGGACAAUAAAUACAACUUACCAUAUUGGCAUGUGAAAAGCACGUGGGAAGGAUGGGGAUAUAAAGACCAUAUUCGACUAAUUAGAGGCAAGGGCUUCGUGUGCAAUCUUGGACGUGAAUACAUAGCGACCGUUAUUGUCAAACCGAACGUAACACAAGUUAGUAAGAAUGUGAUUAAAAUCGUUAGUUUAGUAAAUUCUGGGUAA